UUAUAUUAGAAGAGCAGGUUGCCACUGUUUUUACGUUUACUGGUGUGGUUUACUGAGCUGUUGUGCAUUAUAAAUAAUGGGUGCUUCAAGCAGUGCAGUGGCUCAGAGAAUAGAUCAAGCCAGCAGGACUGGUGUGUGUUCUUUGAGAGACAUGAAACUCGAGCAGCUUCCUGAGCAGCUUCCUGUGGUGAAGGGCACAUUAAGAAGUCUGGACAUGUCUAUGAAUAGGAUACUAUCCCUUCCUCCUGUGAUUGGAGAGUUCACUAACCUCAAGUCAUUGGUGCUCACACACAACAAACUGACUGAACUGCCUGAUACAAUUGGAAAUCUAAAGAGGCUGGAAACUCUCAGUCUAGAGCACAAUCAAAUGAUGUCUUUCCCUGACUCGUGUGUCAACAUAAAAACUCUAAAAUCCGUCAAUUUCUCACAUAACCAAAUCAAACACUUCCCCUACUUUCUCUGUCAUAUGAUGAAGUUGGAUUUCGUCAACCUAUCAGAUAACUCUAUUGAAGCAUUGCCGAAUGAGGGAUUGGAAAAUUUGAAUGUCGUUGAACUAAACCUGAAUAGGAACAGUAUUCAAAUAGUCCCUGAGUGUCUGGCUAGAUGCAAGAGACUUAAAGUGUUGAGAUUGGAGGAGAACAAUUUACAACUCAUGGGCUUUCCAGUAACUAUACUCUCAGAGUCUAAUAUAUCACUGCUGUGUGUAGACGGAAACUUAUUCACAAAGAAGGACUUAGAAGAACUUCCUCAAUACGAUGAGUAUUGUCGGCGAUAUACUGCAACUAAGAUGAAAGCCGAGUAGCUAAUAAAGAGAACAAACACAGUUUCAACCCACCAGUGAAAAAUGUUAUACGCACUUUAGUAUUGUUAAAAAUUUCUUUGUGCAUGCGCAUGUAUUUAAAUUUGAUAUGUCAGUUAUACGAUCAUAAACAAAGUACAUUCUCAUGAACUACUUUAA